UGUGUGUUAUCCACAGGUAGACACCAUGAACUACGUGGGCCAGCUGGCAGGCCAGGUGCUGGUGACAGUGAAGGAGCUGUAUAAGGGUAUCAACCAGGCCACGCUGUCCGGCUGCAUCGACGUGGUGGUGGUCAGACAGCCUGACGGGACCUUCCAAUGCUCCCCCUUCCAUGUACGCUUUGGGAAACUUGGCGUGCUGCGCUCCAAGGAGAAAGUGGUGAGUUUGUGGAUAACUGAGAAAGAGGGAGUGAGAUGGGUGAAGGUAUAGUCAAGCAGAGGUUCCUCAAACUGUGAGCAAAACGCACGUGGCCAAGGAGGACCUCUCCCCAUGUGUCCCAAAUGGCACCCUAUUCCCCAUACAGUGCACUACUUUUGACCAGGGCCCAUAAGACUCUGGUUAAAAGUGAUACAAUAUAUUAGGAAUAGGGUGCCAUUUGGGACGCAUACCUGUUUGCUGUAUUCCCCAUGAUAUUUGGCAGAUGGAUGUCGACAGCCUUUGUCCAGGUCUGUCAUGGCAGUUUAGCAUGACAGGGUUCCAUGUCUUUGUUACCCUCUGUCACAUCCAUUACUGACAUGCAAUUAGGGCCUUUUCCUGUUGCUGUGUGGAGGUGCUUCUGCCUGACACAGAUCCAGGUAUUAACCAUUCCUCCUGAGAGUGAAUAGGGGGAGGACGACCAGCCUAGCCCAUCAUCCCUGAGACACUGCGCUUGUGUCCCAAAUGGCACCCUAUUCCCUAUUUAGUGCACUACUUUUGACCAGGGCCUAUAGGGCUCUGGUCAAAAGUAGUACACUAAAUAAGGAAUAAGAUGCCAUUUGGGAUGCUGGCAGGAGCACCACUGUACUGCUACUGCUACCGUUCGCCUCGGUCACUAUGGCAACCCAAUUUUAGAUUUGCCUCUGCAUAGCGAAGAGGAGAGAUGGCCUUGAUACAGUACAGAGAGGAAUGUAAUGGAACAGUGUGGGAGGAUUGACCCAGCAUCAGGCAGUGGAUUUGGUGAUGAUGCUAUCUUUUAUAAGAUCCUUUUGGAAACUCAUAUAGCUACUGCUCUGGUUGCAUUAUUGAUGAGCAGAAAACAUUUCCUCCUCAUCGCAUAUCUCUUGAGUCAAGUAUCUCUUUAUUUUCUUUACAGAAACAGACCAUUAUCACUCUGUCUGCUUCCCAAAUAGAUGUUUAGCAAGAGCCUCCUCAGCCUAUAGGAAGGUCAGGCUAAACUAAGGUGGUGUCAGUAUCCCUCUUUAGAGCAUCUUUAACAAUAGGCAGAAGGCCAAUCCCUUCUGCACAAACACAGUCAAGAAGGAGGCUGUGUCCCGAAUGGCACCUUUUCCCUAUAUAGUACAGUACUUUUGACCAGGGCCCUUCUGUCUAUUGUUAGACCUGCUCUAAGGUGGAACACUGACACCGCCUUAGUUUAGCCUGACCUUCCUAUAGGCUGAGGAGGGUCAGGUGAUCCCACCUCAGCCAAUAACACACCCCCAUUAUGUUGUUGAUGACAGGUAUGACCUACCUGCUCUCAGUGACAGGGGUGGAGGGCUAUUCAGUGCAGAGGAUAUAAACAAACUGGAAUGUUUUUCCAUCAAAAAUAAUGAUAGAUCCACAUCUAAUUGCUUUCCUUUGAGUGGGUGAUAUGGUUGUCUUUGGGGGGCUGCUUUCACUCACUUAACGGAGUUUCCUAAAGACCUAUGGAGAAAAUAACGAUUAAGGGAGAGAGAUAGAGAGGGAGGGGAGGAUGCAUUGGUUGAAAGUAAAGAUAUAUCUUUCCUUUAGGGAUUUAAAGGAAAGAUGACAAAGAGAAGAACUCCCGUGUUACUGUAUUCUGUACGUCAUACUGUUUAGCUUAAAGGGAUACUUCGGGAUUUUCCCCAGAGUCAGAUGAACUCGUGGAUACCAUUUUUACGUCUCCGUAUCCAGUGUGAAGGAAGUUAGAGGUAGUUUCACAAUGACUGGAAGUCUAUGGGUAUCUGCUAGAAUUGGCUCCCAAAACUACUUGUAACUUCCUUCGUACAGGACACAGACACAUACGAAUGGUAUCCACGAGUUCCUCUGACUCUGGGGAAGUAGAUAAAGGUCCUCAUUGCCAAAAUCCCGAAGUAUCCCAUUAAGCUAAACGGUUUGACGUACUGCAGGCAGGUAAUCCGUUGGCCCAGUUUGCAUUCAGGAACCAUAGCAUAGUGUUAGCCUAAAUAAAACAGUGUUAUUUUGAGCACAAUAAGAAGAAGGAGGCCUAUGUCCAAUAUCUAGAGUGGUCUUGCUGACUGAAGCAAGCACACUAUAACAUUGUUGGCAAGCUGUUUAUUAAUGCCUUGGUUUAUUACUGGACGUUAUUUUAAAGUGUUGUUUUGAGAAUGUUUGACAAAUUCACAGUCAUACCUUCUCCAUGUGGUUACCAGGCCUCAGUUAAACGUCAGUUUCGUCUAGUAAUUCAGUUGCAUCUUCCAGUUAGUAGACUAGGGGCUGUAUGUCCCAAGCAUCUUAGAGUAGGAGUAUCCCCUGUCCAUGUAACCUAAAUCAGCACUUGUAGUCUGAGAUGCUUGAUACAGAGUUCCUCCAUAAAUGGGUGGCUGACCUUCCCUUUACCUCUGCAGAUUGACAUUGAGAUCAAUGGAGAACCAGUGGAGCUGCACAUGAAGCUGGGGGACAACGGAGAGUCCUUCUUUGUUCAGGAAACAGAGCAGCAUAAUGUGGGUUUUGUUUAUUUUCUAUUGGUCUUAUGACAACCGCUGUUGACCCAGCUUGUUACUGACUGUGUGGGUCCCAAAUGGCGCCAUAUUCCCUAAAACAAUUCACUUAUUUUGACCAAAAUGGAAUGAGGUGCCAUUGGGGACGCAAUCUGUAACGUAAACUUGUGGCUCAUCUUUCUUUUUGUCACCCCGUCCCAGGAGAUCGUCCCUGCCCACCUUGUGACGUCGCCCAUCCCCACAGAGGAGGCUCUGUGGAGGGGCAGAGAGUCUAGAGCUGGAGGGUCGGGAAUUGAGGGUGGGCUGCAGCCACCCCAUGGGUGCUCAGAGGACCCAUCCUCCUCCUCCGCCCCCCUCCUCCCCCCCAGCACCACAGCAGGGAAGAAGAAGAAGAGACGCAGGAGGAAGCACAAAGCAGAUCCCCGGAAGGAGGAGCAACACACUCCCACUGCUUGUGGGGAGGAGGUCUGUGAGCUGAGCUCAGACGAUGAGCACUGUGGCACACACAACAACAGCAGGUAAAUGGCAAAAGGCACCCUAUUCCCUAGAUAGUGCACUGCUUUUGGCCCUGGUCAAAAGUAGAGCUCUAUGUAGGGAAUAGGGUGCCAUUUGGGACGCAUUCUGGGUCUGUGUGGGUCUGCUCUGCAUAGUGUGUAGUGUUAACCCUGUGGUUGAAGGUGUGGUCGUCUUUACCUCCUCAGGGCCUCUUCGUUCUCUACAGUGAAGGACACAGUGGAACACAGGCAGCACCCCCCCCUCCACUCUCUGGACAGCUACCCCUUCUCUGAUGGAGACUGGUCUCCCGGCGACAACCUCAGGUAUGACCUCCUCACUCACUCAGUCAGUCAGCCAUUAACUUCUUAUUCAAAUAUUUACACAGAUCAUACAAACAGACAGGAUCAUUAGAGAGAUUUUUUAUUUUCAUAGGAUUUAACUAAACUGAUACUAGGGCUGAGAUUCAAUGCAAGGCUUGUUGUAGACAACUGGAUAACUGUCAAUGCACCUUUUAAAGGCAAUGUCCCUGACAUGACGUCGGCUCAAGCAUAAAUUACCUUAAAAGGUGCAUUGUCGGCUGUCCAGUGUGCUGCUCUGUAACACGCCUUGGUAUGAGUCCCGGCCCUAGGUAGAUUUAAAUUUAAGUGCACUAACGUAAAAAAAUUAUAGGCCUGUGGAGCUGUGAAUACAUGUCCUUGUGUUCAAAGUAAAUGUAUUGGGGUUUUUUUCUCGAUUGCAACAGAUCCUCAAGAGCCCUGUCCGAGCCCAUGUCUCCAAAGAGCGACUCGGAGCUGAUGGUGAAGUCAUCAGAGUGCAUGCUCAGAGCAGAGUCACACAUGCAGUGGUCCUGGGGAGAGUUCCCAGAAUCCACCAGGGUAAGGCCUGGGUCUUGCGUCUCAAAUAGCACCCUAUUCCCUAUAUACUGCGCUACUUUUGACCAGGGUGCAUAGGGCUCUGGCCAAACGUAGACCACUAUAUUGGGAAUAGGGUGCCGUUUGGGAAGUAUACACUGUACAUCCUCCAUGUCAGAGAUGGAAACAUGCCAAAAAUGUCAUAACAUGAAAUCCCUAUACCCACUGAUUUCAUAUACUCUUUUUGUCCAGGUCAAUAAGAAAGAGCGCUCGGAGCUGACUAAGACAGUAACUAUAACCCCAUCAGAGAGCACCCACUUCAGGGUCAUCAUCAGCUCUGAGGCCAUGGAGGUGGAGGACACCUCUCUGGAGCCUGUGUGUGGACCUACCAUCGUCAAACCAGAGCCCCGGACCCCCAAACAAAGUGCCCUCCAUAGCUCCAAAUAUCACCCCCCCGACCCUCUAUCUGAAACCCAUCGUCCCCCCAAAGCCAUUCAUGACCAUUGUCCCCCCCAACCUGAACCGUGUCCCCUCAAACCAGAGCCAGGUGCUCUGACGGCGGAGCCCUGUCCCACCCCUACCCCCAUUCUGCCCAGGCCUGAGCGUAGGGCUCGUUGGACCUCCACUCCCCCCAGUGUGCUUGGUUCCAGCCGGAGGGACAGUGGCUCUGCUGCCUGUGGGGCCAGCCACAUGGCUGGGGACCUGGGGGCCAUCAGCUCCAAGACUGAGUCCCCCUCCAAGAGGAGAGGUACUUAUUGUGCUUGUAAAAGUAUGCAGAGAUGGUUUAUAGAGAUAGAUUAUAUGAAUCAAAUAUAACACAUGACUUAGGCCUUAGCUUACUUGCUUAUGUUAGCACAAUGUGCCGGAUGAUGUCAUGUCAUAGCCCUCUGUUGUUCAUGACAGCUGGUAUGAACAAAGGCUUCACAGGACCUUUGUGUCCCCUAUUUUAAGAACCCCAUAGCUUCGUCACUACAGAAUAGUGUGAUGGCAACAGAGAGGAAAUUACUUAUUCAUGAGUUCAGACAGUGUUGUUGACUAACGUUAAACCCAGACAGUGUUUGGUAGAGCAGUGUUUUGUAGAAUACAAUAACAGGAAGGAAGUGGUUUGCUCUGAGGUCUUGGAAGUUCUUACUUGCCUCUCAGGAUGUGUCUCAAAUGGCACUCUAUUCUCUAUAUAAUGGACUACUUUUGACCAGGACCCAUAGGGCUCUGGUCAAAAGUAGUGCACUGUAAUAGGGAAUAGGGUGCCAUUUAGGAUGCAGACUGGGGCUUUACAGAAUGCACAAAGAUUUCUCAAAAGUAAAGGAAGUGAAAAAAGGUGAACAACAGUAUUUGUUUAUGUGAAUGUUGAUGGUUUAUGGGAAUGUUGAUGGUUUCUCUUUGGGUGUGACGAAGGUGUGACGAAGAGGAGUCAGCACCAGGGGCCUGAGGAUAUCUACCUGGAUGACCUGAACGCUAUGGAGCCUGACGUCGUCGCACGCUACUUAGGUCCCAAGAGGUACCUCAUCAUGUCUUUCAUCACAUGUAUUGAAGCCUUAUUCCCUUUAUAGUGCACUACUUUUGACCAGGGCCCAUAUGGUUGUGUUGUAGUGACUGACCAGUCUGUGGUUGUGUCUGUGUGUUGCAGUGAGUCCGAGGCGUUCCCUAAGCACUGGGUGGAGGUUGGCCGGCGCGAUGAGUCCCAGUCUCCCCAGUCCGUGGGCAGUGCAGCGGCCGACAGCGGGACCGAUUGUCUGUCUGACUCGGCUGGGGAUCUACCAGAUGUCACCCUGUCUCUCUGUGGCGGGGUUGGAGAGAACUCUGAAAUCUCCAAAGGUGAGGUCUCCUACUGUAUGUAAGUGUUAUAUUAUAGUGACUAGUGCAGUGUCCCAAAUUGCACCCUAUCCCCUAGGAUAGUCCACUGCUUUUGACCAGGGCCUGUAGGGAGUAGGUUCCAUUUGGGACGUAGCCUAGGGCCUUGAUAAGUACGCAAAUAACUAACUAGUACACUAUUACUCACAAAUGCCACAAAUAAUAAUAUGACAUAUGAUAUGAUAAUAGUGAUGUAAAUGCUAUGAUAUUUUUAUUGCAGAGAAAUUCAUGGAGCACAUAAUCACAUAUCAUGAAUUUGCUGAAAAUCCAGCAAUCAUCGACAAUCCCAAUUUGGUGGUUCGAUUUUCAAACCGGUGAGUCGUUACAGCCUUCAUACUCAUACUAAUUCAUCUUACUACAUUGUACUAAUUCUUAGACUAUGAGAUUUUGAACAGAAGAUCACAAUUAGUAGAUUUCCUUGAACUUGAAACUAAUCACAAUUAUUUGUAUUACACACAUACAAUAUACUGUAUAUACACUUAGUGUACAAAACAUUAAGAACACCUGCUCUUUCCAUGACAUAGACUGACCAGGUGAAUCCAGGUGAACGCUAUUGAUGUCACAUGUUAAAUCCACUUCAAUCAGUGUAGAUGAAGGGGAGGAGACAGGUUAAAGAAAGAUUUUUAAGCCUUGAGGUAAUUGAGACAUGGAUUGUGAAAUGUGCCAUUCAGAGGGUGAAUGGGCAAGACAAAAUAUUUAAGUGCCUUUUGAAUGGGGUAUGGUAGUAGGUGCCAGGCGCACCGGUUUGAGUGUGGCAAAAACUGCAAUGCUGCUGGGUUUUUCACGCUAAAAGGUUUCCCAUGUGUAUCAAGAAUGGUCCACCACCCAAAGGACAUCCAGCCAACUUGACACAACUGUGGGAAGCAUUGGAGUCAACAUGGGCCAACAUCCCUGUGGAAUGCUUUCGACACCUUGUAGUCCAUGCCCCAACGAAUUGAGGCUGUUCUGAUGGCAAAAGGGGGUGCAACUCAAUAUUAGGAAUGUGUUCCUAAUGUUUUAUACACUCCAUAUAUAUAUACACUGCUCAAAAAAAUAAAGGGAACACUUAAACAACACAAUGUAACUCCAAGUCAAUCACACUUCUGUGAAAUCAAACUGUCCACUUAGGAAGCAACACUGAUUGACAAUACAUUUCACAUGCUGUUGUGCAAAUGGAAUAGACAACAGGUGGAAAUUAUAGGCAAUUAGCAAGACACCCCCAAUAAAGGACUGGUUUUGCAGGUGGUGACCACAGACCACUUCUCAGUUCCUAUGCUUCCUGGCUGAUGUUUUUUGUCACUUUUGAAUGCUGGCGAUGCUUUCACUCUAGUGGUAGCAUGAGAUGGAGUCUACAACCCACACAAUUGGCUCAGGUAGUGCAGCUCAUCCAGGAUGGCAUAUCAAUGCGAGCUGUGGCAAGAAGUUUUGCUGUGUCUGUCAGCGUAGUGUCCAGAGCAUGGAGGCGCUACCAGGAGACAGGCCAGUACAUCAGGAGACGUGGAGGAGGCCGUAGGAGGGCAACAACCCAGCAGCAGGACCGCUACCUCCGCCUUUGUGCAAGGAGGAGCAGGAGGAGCACUGCCAGAGCCCUGCAAAAUGACCUCCAGCAGGCCACAAAUGUGCAUGUGUCUGCUCAAACGGUCAGAAACAGACUCCAUGAGGGUUGUAUGAGGGCCCGACGUCCACAGGUGGGGGUUGUGCUUACAGCCCAACACCGUGCAGGACGUUUGGCAUUUGCCAGAGAACACCAAGAUUGGCAAAUUUUCACUGGCGCCCUGUGCGCUUCACAGAUGAAAGCAGGUUCACACUGAGCACGUGACAGACGUGACAGAGUCUGGAGACGCCGUGGAGAACGUUCUGCUGCCUGCAACAUCCUCCAGCAUGACCGGUUUGGCGGUGGGUCAGUCAUGGUGUGGGGUGGCAUUUCUUUGGGGUGCCGCACAGCCCUCCAUGUGCUCGCCAGAGGUAGCCUGACUGCCAUUAGGUACCGAGAUGAGAUCCUCAGACCCCUUGUGAGACCAUAUGCUGGUGUGGUUGGCCCUGGGCUCCUCCUAAUGCAAGACAAUGCUAGACCUCAUGUGGCUGGAAUGUGUCAGCAGUUCCUGCAAGAGGAAGGCAUUGAUGCUAUGGACUGGCCCGCCCGUUCCCCAGACCUGAAUCCAAUUGAGCACAUCUGGGACAUCAUGUCUCGCUCCAUCCACCAACGCCACGUUGCACCACAGACUGUCCAGGAGUUGGCGGAUGCUUUAGUCCAGGUCUGGGAGGAGAUCCCUCAGGAGACCAUCCGCCACUUCAUCAGGAGCAUGCCCAGGCGUUGUAGGGAGGUCAUACAGGCACGUGGAGGCCACACACACUACUGAGCCUCAUUUUGACUUGUUUUAAGGACAUUACAUCAAAGUUGGAUCAGCCUGUAGUGUGGUUUUCCACUUUAAUUUUGAGGGUGACUCCAAAUCCAGACCUCCAUGGGUUGAUAAAUUUGAUUUCCAUUGAUACUUUUUGUGUGAUUUUGUGGUCAGCACAUUCAACUAUGUAAAGAAAAAAGUAUUUAAUAACAUUAUUUCAUUCAUUCAGAUCUAGGAUGUGUUAUUUUAGUGUUCCCUUUAUUUUUUUGAGCAGUGUAGAAUGCCCUUUUGUGAAUUUUCAUCUGAGUUUAGAAGUGCAACUGAAGCAGAAAAUUAGUCUGAUGCCGAACAUAAAUUACAAUAAGAAGCAUUUUAGAUCUGUGUUUACAAAUCGCAGCAAGAUAUUUCUUAUGCGUUUCAUUUUAUUUGUCCUGCAUGAAAAACGCAGAAAUAUGAGUUAACACGACCCCUUGCUAUCUAAGUAAGUGGCUGAAUGAAUGAGGUGACGGGGCAUCAUAUUGUGUUCGCUUUCUGCCGUGUUUGAGAAGGCAAAGCCCUUUGGAUGGGUUAUUUGUACAGCUGCUACUGGUAUCUUGAUUUCCUUGAGUUUCUUCUCCUCUCUGUUCUUGGUGGUCUGCUCCUCCCCCCCUCUUCUCCGAGCAGAGCAGGCCGGCCCGUUGCCCUAGUGACUCCAGACUCCACAUAGACACAGCUUGUAGACAUGCUGCUGGAGAGCCAGUACUGCAUGCGUCAAAACUUUGUUCAUUUGCACAAUGUCUCUCGUUCACAUUUUCACUUAUAAAUGUCCAACCUCAACAAAAAUGACAUUCGGUAGCUCCUACCUAUAUAUGUAUAACUUUUAUGAGCUGGAUUGCCUGUCUUUGCAGUUCGUUUAUUUUCGUUUGCACUCGUUAGCAUAUUUAGCUAGUGGCCUUGAUGGAAAUUCGCAAUUACUUGUGAUAAUUUUGUUUGCAUUCUGGUAAUAGACGCCCAAUGGGCUUUUUUGCUUUUGUUUUGGCGCCCCCUUGUGUACUAAACCAAUAAUACCGUAUAUCCCAGGGUGAGAGAAGCACGGUAUGAUGAUGUGAAACCGUAGCACCGAGAGAUGGGACAGAGGGGCUUAGGGUUUAAAAUCCCAUUCGUCGAGGUGUGUACGGGUGGAAAGAGGCAAGGCAAGUAGAGCUCCGCGACAGACAGCCGGGACCUAGGGACACAAGGCUUAGAGUCCCUUGUUGCGUCCCAAUAAUCUCUCCUUUGCCCUGACCUGUGCACUUCCAUUCAUGGAUUUCAAAGGUAAUGACUGGUAUUCCUCUAGAGCAUUGGUUCUCAACUGGUUUUGCCUCUGGAAAAUAAUUGCCAAAAUACAAUCUGUAAAACUAUUAAUAUAUUUAAUGCUAUAUUAAUAGUAAAUGCAGCAUUUAGAUGGCAAGGGAACAACAUUGCCACCUCUUUCAUUGUCAAUAAUGAAAAUGUGCCGAUAUUCUUGACGAAGAUUGUUAAUAAACUCACUAUAUUGGAAAUACUGUGAUUGAAGAAAAAUUGUUCAGAUAUUAAAUUAAAUGUAAGUUCAUUAUCAUUUCUACACACUUUCUACCUGGUUUAAGUCGUUUAAGUUCAGACUGGAGUAUUUUUCCAUUAAACAAAGAUAUAUAUAUAUAGUACCAGUCAAAAGUUUACACUGCUCAAAAAAAUAAAGGGAACACUAAAAUAACACAUCCUAGAUCUGAAUGAAUGAAAUAAUCUUAUUAAAUACUUUACAUAGUUGAAUGUGCUGACAACAAAAUCACACAAAAAUGAUCAAUGGAAAUCAAAUUUAUCAACCCAUGGAGGUCUGGAUUUGGAGUCACCCUCAAAAUUAAAGUGGAAAACCACACUACAGGCUGAUCCAACUUUGAUGUAAUGUCCUGAAAACAAGUCAAAAUGAGGCUCAGUAGUGUGUGUGGCCUCCACGUGCCUGUAUGACCUCCCUACAACGCCUGGGCAUGCUCCUGAUGAGGUGGCGGAUGGUCUCCUGAGGGAUCUCCUCCCAGACCUGGACUAAAGCAUCCGCCAACUCCUGGACAGUCUGUGGUGCAACGUGGCGUUGGUGGAUGGAGCGAGACAUGAUGUCCUAGAUGUGCUCAAUUGGAUUCAGGUCUGGGGAACGGGCGGGCCAGUCCAUAGCAUCAAUGCCUUCCUCUUGCAGGAACUGCUGACACACUCCAGCCACAUGAGGUCUAGCAUUGUCUUGCAUUAGGAGGUACCCAGGGCCAACCGCACCAGCAUAUGGUCUCACAAGGGGUCUGAGGAUUUCAUCUCGGUACCUAAUGGCAGUAAGGCUACCUCUGGCGAGCACAUGGAGGGCUGUGCGGCCCCCCAAAAAAAUGCCACCCCACACCAUGACUGACCCACCGCCAAACCGGUCAUGCUGGAGGAUGUUGCAGGCAGCAGAACGUUCUCCACGGCGUCUCCAGACUCUGUCACGUCUGUCACGUGCUCAGUGUGAACCUGCUUUCAUCUGUGAAGCGCACAGGGCGCCAGUGAAAAUUUGCCAAUCUUGGUGUUCUCUGGCAAAUGCCAAACGUCCUGCACGGUGUUGGGCUGUAAGCACAACCCCCACCUGUGGACGUCGGGCCCUCAUACAACCCUCAUGGAGUCUGUUUCUGACCGUUUGAGCAGACACAUGCACAUUUGUGGCCUGCUGGAGGUCAUUUUGCAGGGCUCUGGCAGUGCUCCUCCUUGCACAAAGGCGGAGGUAGCGGUCCUGCUGCUGGGUUGUUGCCCUCCUACGGCCUCCUCCACGUCUCCUGAUGUACUGGCCUGUCUCCUGGUAGCGCCUCCAUGCUCUGGACACUACGCUGACAGACACAGCAAACCUUCUUGCCACAGCUCGCAUUGAUAUGCCAUCCUGGAUGAGCUGCACUACCUGAGCCAAUUGUGUGGGUUGUAGACUCCAUCUCAUGCUACCACUAGAGUGAAAGCAUCGCCAGCAUUCAAAAGUGACAAAAAACAUCAGCCAGGAAGCAUAGGAACUGAGAAGUGGUCUGUGGUCACCACCUGCAAAACCAGUCCUUUAUUGGGGGUGUCUUGCUAAUUGCCUAUAAUUUCCACCUGUUGUCUAUUCCAUUUGCACAACAGCAUGUGAAAUGUAUUGUCAAUCAGUGUUGCUUCCUAAGUGGACAGUUUGAUUUCACAGAAGUGUGAUUGACUUGGAGUUACAUUGUGUUGUUUAAGUGUUCCCUUUAUUUUUUUGAGCAGUGUAUAUAAGGUAGUGUGUAUAUACAGUUGAAGUCGGAAGUUUACAUACACAUAGGUUGGAGACAUUAAAACUCGUUUUUCAACCACUCCACACAUUUCUUGUUAACAAACUAUAGUUUUGGAAAGUCGGUUAGGACAUCUACUUUGUGCAAGUAAUUUUUCCAACAAUUGUUUACAGACAGAAUAUUUCACUUAUAAUUCACUGUAUCACAAUUCCAGUGGGUCAAAAGUUUACAUACACUAAAUUGACUGUGCCUUUAAACAGCUUGGAAAAUUCCAGAAAAUUAUGUAAUGGCUUUAGAAGCUUCUGAUAGGCUAAUUGACAUCAUUUGAGUCAAUUGGAGGUAUACCUGUGUAUGUAUUUCAAAGCCUACCUUCAAACUCAGUGCCUCUUUGCUUGACAUCAUGGGAAAAUCUAAAUAAAUCAGCCAAGACCUCAGAAAAAAAUGUGUAGACCUCCACAAGUCUGGUUAAUCCUUGGGAGCAAUUUUCAGACGCCUGAAGGUACCACAUUCAUCUGUACAAACAAUAGUAUGCAAGUAUAAACACCAUGGGACCACGCAGCCGUCAUACCGCUCAGGAAGGAGACGCGUUCUGUCUCCUAGAGAUGAACGUACUUUGGUGCGAAAAGUGCAAAUCAAUCCCAGAACAACAGCAAAGGACCUUGUGAAGAUGCUGUAGGAAACAGGUACAAAAGUAUCUAUAUCCACAGUAAAACGAGUCCUAUAUCGACAUAACCUGAAAGGCACCUCAGCAAGGAAGAAGCCACUGCUCCAAAACCGCCAUAAAAAAGCCAGACUACGGUUUGCAACUGCACAUGGGGACAAAGAUCGUACUUUUUGGAGAAAUGUCCUCUGGUCUGAUAAAACAAAAAUAGAACUGUUUUGCCAUAAUGACCAUUGUUAUGUUUGGAGGAAAAAGGGGGAGCGCUUGCAAGCUGAAGAACACCAUCCCAACCUUGAAGCACGGGGGGUGGCAGCAUCAUGCUGUGGGGGUGCUUUGCUGCAGGAGGGACUGGUGCACUUCACAAAAUAGAUGGCAUCAUGAGGAAGGAACAUUAUGUGGAUAUAUUGAAGCAACAUCUCAAGACAUCAGUCAGGAAGUUAAAGCUUGGUUGCAAAUGGGUCUUCCAAAUGGACAAUGACCCCAAGCAUACUUCCAAAGUUGUGGCAAAAUGGCUUAAGGACAACAAAGUCAAGGUAUUGGAGUGGCCAUCACAAAGCCCUGACCUCAAUCCUAUAGAAAAUGUGUGGGCAGAACUGAAAAAACGUGUGCGAGCAAGGAGGCCUAUAAACCUGACUCAGUUACACCAGCUCUGUCAGGAGGAAUGGGCCAAAAUUCACCCAAUUUAUUGUGGGAAGCUUGUGGAAGGCUACCCGAAACGUUUGACCCAAGUUAAACAAUUUAAAGGCAAUGCUACCAAAUAAUAAUUGAGUGUAUGUAAACUUCUGACCCACUGGGAAUGUGAUGAAAGAAAUAAAAGCUGAAAGAAAUCAUUCUCUCUACUAUUAUUCUGACAUUUCACAUUCUUAAAAUAAUGUGGUGACCCUAACUGACCUAAAACAGGGAAUUUUUACUAGGAUUAAAUGUCAGAAAUUGUGAAGAACUGAGUUUAAAUGUAUUUGGCUAAGGUGUAUGUAAACUUCCGACUUCAACUGUGUGUGUGUGUGUAUGUGUAUAUAUAUAUAUAUUAGGGGUGUAACGAUUCGUUUUAACAACGAUUCGAUUUGUAUCACGAUUCGUGGUUGUCGAUACGAUUCAAGGAUGAUAUUGGUUCAUUUAGAACGAUACGAUCCGAAACGAUUCAGUGACUUGAAAUCGAUUCAGUAACCUUUUAGCCAAAAAUUCAACCAGUGUGACUGAAAUAAAUACCUGGAUACUGGACAGUGCAGGUGAAGUUUCCUAGAUUCCUGUUUCUUUUAAGGACCGCGAUGGUGGCUUGAUAAUUUCUCGCUCGUCGGCUUCUCCUCUGUCGUCCGCCAUGCUAUGUUUUGUUGUCUUUGCGCCUUUGCGCUGCUGCUGGCGCGGGGCGAUGACGUCACGGAUAGGCAGACUGAAUCGAGUAAUGUUUAAAGCCUUUAUCAUUAAAAGUGCUAAGAAAAAACAUCCAUAUAAAGUCUGACGUGCUUAAAUCCAAUGGGUUAUUUCCUAGUAUCGAUACAAUCGAUUUAUUACAUUUUAAAACGAUGUUAGAUCGAUAUAUGUUGUCCAAAAGGCCAACUCGCCGAGCACAGAUCGAUGUAGUUGGAUCAUAGGAAUAUAAAUCGAUACAUCGAUGUAGUAGAUGGAUCGUUACACCCCUAAUAUAUAUAUAUAUACAGUGGGGAAAAAAAGUAUUUAGUCAGCCACCAAUUGUGCAAGUUCUCCCACUUAAAAAGAUGAGAGAGGCCUGUAAUUUUCAUCAUAGGUACACGUCAACUAUGACAGACAAAUUGAGGGAAAAAAAUCCAGAAAAUCACAUUGUAGGAUUUUUUAUGAAUUUAUUUGCAAAUUAUGGUGGAAAAUAAGUAUUUGGUCACCUACAAACAAGCAAGAUUUCUGUCUCUCACAGACCUGUAACUUCUUCUUUAAUAGGCUCCUCUGUCCGCCACUCGUUACCUGUAUUAAUGGCACCUGUUUGAACUUGUUAUCAGUAUAAAAGACACCUGUCCACAACCUCAAACAGUCACACUCCAAACUCCACUAUGGCCAAGACCAAAGAGCUGUCAAAGGACACCAGAAACAAAAUUGUAGACCUGCACCAGGCUGGGAAGACUGAAUCUGCAAUAGGUAAGCAGCUUGGUUUGAAGAAAUCAACUGUGGGAGCAAUUAUUAGGAAAUGGAAGACAUACAAGACCACUGAUAAUCUCCCUCGAUCUGGGGCUCCACGCAAGAUCUCACCCCGUGGGGUCAAAAUGAUCACAAGAACGGUGAGCAAAAAUCCCAGAACCACACGGGGGGACCUAGUGAAUGACCUGCAGAGAGCUGGGACCAAAGUAACAAAGCCUACCAUCAGUAACACACUACGCCGCCAGGGACUCAAAUCCUGCAGUGCCAGACGUGUCCCCCUGCUUAAGCCAGUACAUGUCCAGGCCCGUCUGAAGUUUGCUAGAGUGCAUUUGGAUGAUCCAGAAGAGGAUUGGGAGAAUGUCAUAUGGUCAGAUGAAACUUUUUGGUAAAAACUCAACUCGUCGUGUUUGGAGGACAAAGAAUGCUGAGUUGCAUCCAAAGAACACCAUACCUACUGUGAAGCAUGGGGGUGGAAACAUCAUGCUUUGGGGCUGUUUUUCUGCAAAGGGACCAGGACGACUGAUCCGUGUAAAGGAAAGAAUGAAUGGGGCCAUGUAUCGUGAGAUUUUGAGUGAAAACCUCCUUCCAUCAGCAAGGGCAUUGAAGAUGAAACGUGGCUGGGUCUUUCAGCAUGACAAUGAUCCCAAACACACCGCCCGGGCAACGAAGGAGUGGCUUCGUAAGAAGCAUUUCAAGGUCCUGGAGUGGCCUAGCCAGUCUCCAGAUCUCAACCCCAUAGAAAAUCUUUGGAGGGAGUUGAAAGUCCGUGUUGCCCAGCGACAGCCCCAAAACAUCACUGCUCUAGAGGAGAUCUGCAUGGAGGAAUGGGCCAAAAUACCAGCAACAGUGUGUGAAAACCUUGUGAAGACUUACAGAAAAAGUUUGACCUGUGUCAUUGCCAACAAAGGGUAUAUAACAAAGUAUUGAGAAACUUUUGUUAUUGACCAAAUACUUAUUUUCCACCAUAAUUUGCAAAUAAAUUCAUUAAAAAUCCUACAAUGUGAUUUUCUGGAUUUUUUUUUCUCAUUUUGUCUGUCAUAGUUGACGUGUACCUAUGAUGAAAAUUACAGGCCUCUCUCAUCUUUUUAAGUGGGAGAACUUGCACAAUUGGUGGCUGACUAAAUACUUUUUUUCCCCACUGUAUAUAUAUAUCUUUCUUUCUUUGUUUUACAGAUAUUACAACUGGACAUUGGCAGCUCCAUUGAUACUGAGUAUGCAAGCUUUCCAGAAGAACCUGCCCAAGGUAGAUCACAAGUUAUGCAUUCUAAUUGUAUGUUAGAACUUUCUGUGCAUGUACUCAUAAAUACUUUAUCUCAGGCCACAGAAGAGGCAUGGGUGAAGGAGAAGAUGCCUAAGAAGUCCGGCCGCUGGUGGUUCUGGAGGAAGAGCAGCGUCAAACAGGUAGGAUUUGUGUCCCAAAUGGCACCCUAUUCCCUAUAUAGUGCACUAGUUUUGAUCAGGGCCUAUAGGGCUCUGUUCAAAAUUAGUGCACUACAUAGGUAAUAGGGUGCCAUUUGGGACGCACACAGGGUGUUCUUGCAUUAUGCUAUAGGUCCACUUGUAUUGAUACUCUGUAGUACUCAUAGUGAAAUCGACCCUAAAUGAACUGCUUUCUGGAUACUAUACUUUGUCAACUUGAACAGAUGGUCCAUGGUGUUCAGCCUCUCUUUCUUCAUGCCUCUGUUUGUGUGGGCAGGAAAUAGUUCCCAUGUGAACGGCAUUAGAUUUGUUUUAAUUUCCACUGUAAAUGAGCCUAAGCAAGUCAGAGUGAUGAGAACCAUGUGCUCAUUGUACUGCAUGACUAUAGGAAGGAGUUUUUAAUGUAAAAAUGGGCAGUAAUUACACUAUAAAUCAAUGAAUAAUACUAGGUCAUAUCAAAUCAAUGUUGACAUGAUGUUCCGUUAAGGGGUAAUUCAUGUUGUCUGCUCCUCUCACCAGUCUUCAGAGGCCAAGAUGGACAGACAGGAGUCCCUGUCAGAGACACACGGAGACACAGAGAGCCCUGUCCUUGAUCAACAGAGUCCAACAGUGCCACAGUGAGUCAGCCCAGCACCGCCCUGUAUGUCCCCUACCACCAGCCCCGGCGUUGUUUCAUAAGGGGAAGCCCAAUUAGUCACACAGUGAUGUAACCCUCCUCCCCCAUAUUCUUGACACCAACCAAUGGCAAACUGGAUUAGCUCUGGAAAAACAGUGACCGAUAGGAAGUGCCCCUGAGAACAUGCACGAGAGACCCUGUUUAGAAGUCUCAUCAGCAUUUUGUCUUUCAGAAGUAAAUAAAGCUGAAUGACAAUUCAGAUUAUUGGGAUACUGCCCUCUAGUGGCAACAUAUACAAGUGCUGGGGGUUUCUUUUGAAUAACUGAUGUCUAGACAAGCAUCAUUCUUCAAUUUAUUUUCAGAGUAACUACUCACUCUCCUCAUCUUUACUCAUAUUAGUUUAAACUUGUACUGUUUUUAGGAAGUCUGAUGUUGAAAUUAGGUUGUUAUUUCAAAUGCAGGCAAAAAGCAGCAGCAGACUCCUCCAGUGAUGAUGAAUCUAAAGAGCUCAAUGCAGUGGCACCUACUGAGUGCGUGCAGACAGAGAUUCCAGCACCAACCGGAUCGCACUCCUACAAGAAGUCUCUCCGCCUCUCAUCUGACCAGAUAGUAAGAGCCACGUUCAUAACUUAUAAAGUUACAUUACCACAGAGUUGGACAGAGUGCACAUCUCUGCAUCCCUUGCCAUAAUGGCUUCUCUGACUGCAUGGGCAGCGCCAUUGAGGGCUUUUGGGGGCAAGUGCACCCUCUAUCCAACUCUGUAUAUUAGCACGUCAGCAGAUAUUUGGAAAACCACUUGCUGUCACUCUUUCACGCACCACUUCAUCUCUGUCUUCUCAUAGGUGAGUCUGAAGCUGAGGGAGGGGCCUAAUGACGUCACCUUCAGCAUUACCACUCAGUACCAGGGGACGUGUCGCUGCGAGGGUACCAUCUACCUGUGGAACUGGGAUGACAAAGUCAUCAUCUCCGACAUCGACGGCACCAUCACCAAGUACAGUGGCUUUCAAUCAAUCAAAUGUAUUUAUAAAGCCCGUUUUACAUCAGCAGAUGUCACAAAGUGCUAUACAAAAACCCAGCCUAAAACCCCAAACAGCAAGCAAUGCAGAUGUACAUUUACAUUUAAGUCAUUUAGCAGACGCUCUUAUCCAGAGCGACUUACAGGAGCAAUUAGGGUUAAGUGCCUUGCUCAAGGGCACAUCGACAGAUUUUUCACCUAGUCUGUAGAAGCACGGUGGCUAGGAAAAACUCCCUAGAAUGGUAGAACCCGAGAGAGGAACCAGGCUCUGAGGGGUGGCCAGUCCCCUUCUGGCUGUGCCGGGUGGAGAUUAUAACAGUACAUGGCCAUUAAGGCCAGAUUCAAACCUUCAUAGAUGACCAGCAGGUUCAAAUAAUAAUCACAGUGGUUGUAGAGGUUGCAACAGGUCAGUACAUCAGGAGUAAAUGUCACUUGGCUUUUCAUAGCCGGUCAUUUAGAGGUUGAAAUAGCAGAUGAGGUAGAGAGAGAGAGAGUUGAAAACAGCAGGUUUGGGACAAGGUAGCACAUCUGGUGAACAGGUCAGGGUUCCAUUGCCGCAGGCAGAAGAGUGGAAACUGCUACAGCAGCACGACCAAGUGGACUGGGGACCGCAAGGAGUCAUCAGGCCAGGUAGUCCUGAGGCAUGGUCCUAGGGCUCAGGUCCUCUGGGAGGGGAGGGAGAGAGAGAGAAUUAGAGGGAGCAUACUUAAAUUCACACAGGACACCAGAUAAGACAGGAGAAUUACACCAGAUAUAACAAACUGACCCUAGCCCCCCGGCACAUAGAGUAUUGCAGCAUAGAUACUGGAGGCUGAGACAGGGGGGGUCGGGAGACACUGUGGCCCCGUCCGACGAUACCGCCGGACAGGGCCAACCAGGCAGGAUAUAACCCCACCCACUUUGCCAAAGCACAGCCCCCACACCACUAGAGGGAUAUCAACAGACCACCAACCUACUACCCUGAGACAAGGCUGAGUAUAGCCCACGAAGAUCUCCUCCGCUUCGCUCAACAGAAAAAGGGUACUAACAAAUGAGCCACGGACAACCAAAACCAAACAGGUGGGGGUUUUAAAAUGGGUUCUGAAAGGCAUACAUGUGGGUGCUUACUGAGUGCUGUACAAGCAAACUCGAGUAGGGUCUUAACCAUAUAGAUAGAGGACUCAUCUUUAUAUCUGUGCCAUUAUCGCGUCUGUGACAGCAUGGGCAGCGUUAUUGAGGCUACAACCCAUAGGAAUCUCCACCCAGUGGACUACUUUUAAAUGGCGGAAGCAUGGUGGAAGCCCUCAAUGGCGCUGCCCAUGCGAAAACGUCCUUUUGGCCACUAGAGGCCUCCAUCAUUCUCUAUGGUCUUAACACACCAACCAUGGACACCCACAAGAUUUGCCCAGUAACAGACAAGCUAUAAGAAAAGUAAACCCACACUAACUUGGGUUAGGGACUGAAAAUAAACAUGGAGCCAACCAACCAAACAGGGGAGAGACAAGAUAAAAGGCUUUGUUUAUCAACUUAAAGAGGACGAGUAAAAAAAUAAAAAUAAAAGAGGUGCAGCUCUUCCAACAUCCCUCAUGCCAUCUGAAGCACUGGACCAACAGCUCUUAAAUAUCAGCUGUGCCAGAACAGGGGAAACCUCUUCUGACUAACUAGGACAACAGGUGCAACCCAUCCUGACCGAUGAGUAUGAUUCCAAUCAGAGCGUGCCACACCCACACAGAACCAUCCUCGAAAUUGACUUUGAGAGAAAAACCAAAGCCUGCAACGCCAUUCAGUCCCCUCAGUGUCAACUCCUACUGUCUGAGGCUGUGUCCCAAAUGGCACCCUAUUCCCUGCUUAGUGCACCGUAGGGCCCUGGUCAAAAGUAGUGCACUAUAUAGGGAGUUGGAUGCCAUUUGGGACGCAGGGCCUACUGUCUGAUUCUCAGGAGACUCAACAUCUGAUAUGGGAUUAAGGUCCUCUCCUGAUCUUUGAAUCUCACAGUUUUGUUUGUUUGAUACUGGAGGUCUGUCUGGUAAUGGUUUUCUGUUCAAAACACAUGAUUACACUUAAUGAAUCAGUUCGGACAUGCUUCUUAAGUUAUUGGGAAUCCUAUAAGGGAUUCACGCUAGCUAAUACCAUCAGGUGAAGCUAGUUUUGAAGCCUCACAAAAUGCUUAUUUUCUUAGGUCGGAUGUGUUUGGCCAAAUCCUCCCUCAGCUUGGGAAAGACUGGACUCAUCAAGGCAUCGCUAAGCUCUACCACUCAGUGCAUGAGUAAGUAAAGCCCCAGACCAGGGGCUGUAUGUGUCAAGUGUCUCAGAGAGUACUGAUCUAGGAUUAGGGCCUCUAUUCAAUCUGUAUCGUGGAAGUUCAGUGUUACGGCGUGAUACAAAUUUAAAGGUAAUGUUCCCGCGUUAGCGUCGACUGCAUUCACGUUAAACGCUGCAUAUGUCGGCUCAAUCGGAAAUUACCUUUUCAUUUCUAUUGCGCAUUCUGUAACACUUCAGCGAUACAGAUUGAAUAGAGCUCCUGUCCUUGUUCUUAUUUAUUGUUAUCUAAAAAGCUAAACUGAUCCUAAAAUGGCUCUCCUACUCCGAAAUAUGUGAUACACACGGCCCCAGAGCUACCGUUUCUGACAUUCACCACUUAUGCAUGACUAAUCACAUUCUUGUUUCACAUUUAAAAAAAAUAUUCCAGUAGCUCAACAAUUAGAUCGAGUGGGUAGGAUAAGGAUCUAAUCUAGGCUCUAUAUGCAUGUUGAGGUUGCAGUGACUUCAGUAUGCAUGUCUAUUGUCUUCAGGAAUGGCUACAAGUUCCUGUACUGUUCGGCGCGGGCCAUCGGCAUGGCCGACAUGACCAGAGGGUACCUGCACUGGGUGAACGACCGGGGAACCAUACUGCCUCGAGGACCCCUCAUGCUCUCCCCCAGCAGCCUCUUCUCUGCCUUUCAUAGGUAAAACUCACCUUUCCGUUCUCAUUUGGUCAGUCUAUUUAUAAUUGUAAUACAGUCAAAUAUGGUUUAGUAUGAAGAUAUGUCGAAAUCCACAAUUACGCUUGUAGCUAAGUUCAUGCGCAGAAACACGUCAUCGGGUCUAACGGUCGUCUCACGCCGAACUGUGCAUGUGCAGGCCGUCAAAUCAAAGGCACUCCUUAGAUAUAAAGUUGUUUUUGACUAAAAUGAAAACGUGUUUCACUUUCACAAGAUUGGCAUAAUAACAUGUUCAGCUACUUAAAGGGAUACAGAUAAAUGGGACCCUUUAUCUACUUCCCCAGAGUCCAAUGCACUUGUGGACACCAUUUUUAUGUCUCUGUGUCCAGCAUUUAGUAAAUUAGAGGUAGUUUCGCGAGCCAAUGCUAACUAGUGUUAGCGUAGUGUUUCCCAAACUCGGUCCUGGCGACCCCAAGGGCUGCACGUUUUGGUUUUUGCCCAAGGACUGCACAGCUGACUCAAAUAAUCAAUUCAUCAUUAAGCUUUGAUUGCGCUAACGAGCAGAUACCAUAGACUUCCAGUCAAUGCACUAACACUAGUUAGCAAUUGCGCUAGUUGGCAACUUCCUUCAAACUGCACGCUGAGAAAAAAAAAUGGUAUCCACGAUCAUCUGACUCUGGGGAAGUAGAUAAAGGGCCUCAUUGCCAAAAUCCCGAAGUAUCCCAUUAAGACAUUGGCUCGAAUUUCGUUUUUGCGUUUAGAUUUCUAGAAAAUUAACCCCCUAAGGUUGAUGUCCAUGCCCCCACAGAAAUCUAAUUAGCAUAAUAAUAAAAUAUCCCCAUAAAAAUCUGUCAGUUUAAACUCGAGAUAUCUGUUUUUUUGCAAUGGAUGCGUCUCAAUCCACCUACAUUGAGGGGAAAAAAGUAUUUGAUCCGCUGCUGAUUUUGUACGUUUGCCCACUGACAAAGACAUGAUCAGUCUAUAAUUUGAAUGGUAUGUUUAUUUGAACAGUGAGAGACAGAAUAACAACAAAAAAAUCCAGAAAUACACAUGUCAAAAAUGUUAUAAAUUGAUUUGCAUUUUAAUGAGGGAAAUAAGUAUUUGACCUCUCUGCAAAACAUGAUUUAGUACUUGGUGGCAAAACCCUUGUUGGCAAUCACAGAGGUCAGACGUUUCUUGUAGUUGGCCACCAGGUUUGCACACAUCUCAGGAGCGAUUUUGUUCCACUACUCUUUGCAGAUCUUCUCCAAGUCAUUAAGGUUUCGAGGCUGACGUUUGGUAACUCGAACCUUCAGCUCCCUCCACAGAUUUUCUAUGGGAUUAAGGUCUGGAGACUGGCUAGGCCACUCCAGGACCUUAAUGUGCUUCUUCUUGAGCCACUCCUUUGUUGCCUAGGCCGUGUGUUUUGGGUCAUUGUCAUGCUGGAAUACCCAUCCACGACCCAUUUUCAAUGCCCUUGCUGAGGGAAGGUGGUUCUCACCCAAGUUUUGACGGUACAUGGCCCCGUCCAUCGUCCUUUGAUGCGGUGAAGUUGUCCUGUCCCCUUAGCAGAAAAACACCCCCAAAGCAUAAUGUUUCCACCUCCAUGUUUGACGGUGGGGAUGGUGUUCUUGGGGUCAUAGGCAGCAUUCCUCCUCCUCCAAACACGGCGAGUUGCGUUGAUGCCAAAGAGCUCGAUUUUGGUCUCAUCUGACCACAACACUUUCACCCAGUUCUCCUCUGAAUCAUUCAGAUGUUCAUUGGCAAACUUCAGACGGGCAUGUAUAUGUGCUUUCUUGAGCAGGGGGACCUUGCGGGCGCUGCAGGAUUUCAGUCCUUCACGGCGUAGUGUGUUACCAAUUGUUUUCUUGGUGACUAUGGUCCCAGCUGCCUUGGGAUCAUUGACAAGAUCCUCCCGUGUAGUUUUGGGCUGAUUCCUCACCGUUCUCAUGAUCAUUGCAACUCCCCGAGGUGAGAACUUGCAUGGAGCCCCAGGCCGAGGGAGAUUGACAGUUCUUUGUGUUUCUUCCAUUUGCGAAUAAUCACACCAACAUUUGUCACCUUCUCACCAAGCUGCUUGGCGAUGGUCUUGUAGCCCAUUCCAGCCUUGUGUAGGUCUACAAUCUUGUCCCUGACAUCCUUGGAGAGCACUUUGGUCUUGGCCAUGGUGGAGAGUUUGGAAUCUGAUUGAUUGAUUGCUUCUGUGGACACGUGUCUUUUAUACAGGUAACAAACUGAGAUUAGGAGCACUCCCUUUAAGAGUGUGCUUCUAAUCUCAGCUCGUUACCUGUAUAAAAGACACCUGGGAGCCAGAAAUCGUACUGAUUGAGAGGGGGUCAAAUACUUAUUUCCCUCAUUAAAAUGCAAAUAAAUGUAUAACAACAUGUGUUUUUCUGGAUUUUUUUUGUUGUUAUUCUGACUCUCACUGUUCAAAUAAACCUACCAUUAAAAUUAUAGACUGAUCAUAUCUUUGUCAGUGGGCAAACAUACAAAAUCAGCAGGGGAUCAAAUACUUUUUUCCCGCACUGUAUGUCGCACUUCCGCAUCUGCGGUGAAAGUUGACAGAGGUAGAGCCGUGUUUGUCAGACCAUGAAACAUCCCGAAAAUUGGUCUUCUCACAAAAUCAUCUGUACCGUCCGAACGGUUUGGCUACAAACUAUUAUAUCUAUGGAAAGAUGAGACUCUCACGAACACGAUGGUGUUCUCCAUUUUGCUCUACUACCCCCACAAGCGUCUUGGGACUCAUCUGAAUUCGGGACAGCCGAUCUGCCAACUUCUGUCUGUAGCGUCCGAAUAGUUUGGGCUACACACUAAUAUGUGGAAAGGUGAGACUCUCACGAACACAUACAUGCCCACAGGCCUCACAAAACUCGUCUGAAGGUCCAGUCGAAACAAUGAAUGGAAGUAUACCGUAUAUGGAGACUGUUUAGUGCAAAAAAUAAGGGGUUAAAUACAUGUAAAUAAAAAAUAUUACAAAUGUUUCCUGAUCUUUUCUAUAUCUCAGAUAUAGGACAGACACUUCAGAACAAACUUCCUUUUGGGGUAAUAGCAGCAAGGCCAAAAAUGAUUUAUCCCCCUCCCCCUUAGACAGGGCUUAGACUCGGCUUAGACUCUUAUGGGUUAACAACUAAGGAAUACUUUUUCCACUUCUCUCAUUGACUUCUCAAACACCAAAUCCCGGUCUGGUCUGCCGAGUCAUCUUUGCAAGCGUUCCCGGAGGUCUCGUGAUGUUGGGCAUCUGUGUUUAGAAACUCUCUGAUACAGUUAUGAUAUUGUUGCAAAAUGGUUUGAUUUAAACAUUAUAAUAGUGUUGUAAAAUGGUUACAUUUCAAGCAUUUUAUUUUACUUUAACCUUCUAUAAGGGAGGUAAUUGAAAAGAAGCCAGAGAAGUUCAAGAUUGAAUGCCUCACAGACAUCAAGAACCUCUUCUACCCAAACACACAUCCCUUCUAUGCAGCCUUUGGAAACCGAACAAAUGUAAGCUUUGUUUUAUCUUGUAAUCAUAUACCUAAUUUUGAAUAUUAUUAGAAUAGGGAGACUGUUAAAAUGACACUUUCAUUUUUGAAUCAGGAUGUGUUUGCCUACAAGCAAGUGGGUGUCCCUGUGUGUCGGAUAUUCACAGUCAAUCCCAAAGGAGAGCUCAUCCUAGAGCAAGCGAAAGGCAAUAAAACAUCGUAAGUAGCCACUUUACAGGUAGUUUAUCUGUCUGUAUGUCAGUAGUGUGGGUUUCUUUGGACGUAUUUGGGCCGGGAUUCGGCUCAAGCGUAAAUUACCUUAAAAGUAAAGUGCAGUGCGUUUGUCGACCAUGUGCCUUUGAUUGAAUCCCGACCUUGGUCAGUAAGUAACUGUUAUCUAACCCCUUGCCUGUCUCACUGUAGGUACGGCCGACUGAGUGAACUGGUAGAGCACGUUUUUCCUUUACGCAGUAAGGAGCAGAGCGCCACCUUCAGUUUCCCAGAAUUCAGUUCUUUCUGCUUCUGGAGACAGCCAAUUGAUGAAGUCUGUCUUGAGGAGCUGCUCUGAGACAACCAAUCACUGAAGUGUGUCUUGAGGAGCUGUUCUGAGACAACCAAUCACUGAAGUCAGUCUUCAGGAGCUGCUCUGAUUCUGAUUGGACAGUUCCCACAGCUGUGGUAUUAUUAUCAGGUAUUAAGGUAGUAAUUAACAGACACUUUGGUACAGUAGAUAAACUUUGUUUUUUGGAUGAAAAAAAAUAACUUGAAAUCAACCUCAUUGAAAUCGGCAUAGGCAAUAUUUUGUGUUGCGUAAUAAUUUCAUGGCUCUUUCCAUUAUGAUUGCUUGCACUGCCUUAAUAUCUGCUUUGAUGACUGUAUACUAUGUGUCUACUGAUGCUGAUGCUUACUCAAUUGUUUAGUGCUACACAGGUACAAUAGCACUCAUUGCAAUGAUAUCAAUAAGAACUGCCUCACAUCAUACAUUUAGACUGUACAGCCUUUUUAGAAUACAAUGUGAAGAGAAAGAAGGCUGGCUUAGUUGUAAGGUUAGUUGGUUAUUUGGCUUGAGUGAUAAUGC